AUGGCGGCCUAUGCAGCCUUGGUUUCUCUUAUGAAUCUCAUCGAUGAUAUCGAGAAUCAUCCAUGGCCUCCAAUUUGUAUCGACAAAAAUCAAGUUGAAUCUCUCACUCAGUUCUUUACCUUCUUGCAGGAAUUUCUUCAACACUAUAUAUCCCCUGUGGACGAUGAAGAUGAAGCAGAUCCGUUGGAAAUGCGAAUAAUGGAAGCAGCUUAUGCAGCUGAAGAUAUUAUCGAAUCCUAUAUUGUUCACCUCGUUCAACUCAGUACACCCGCAGUAGAAAAUGAUCAAGCCACCUAUGAUUCUAGUGAAGAAGUGAGUUGUAUCAACUUGUAUCAUGAUCUACAUCAAAUGAUUGAAGAAAUGGAUUUGAUCAAGAAAGUGGCGAUGGAGAUCAAUACGCGGAAUCCUAUCUCUCCAUCGUCUGUUAAUGUUUCUUCAACAUCGUCUUCUUCAAGUGGCAGUAGAAUCAUGGUGUGCUCGGAAGAUCUCUUAAAUGGGAUCAUGGAAAAGCUCGUUGGCGGCCAGCCAAGCCGCCAAGUCAUCCCCAUUGUAGGGAUGGGAGGAAUUGGUAAGACCACUCUAGCCAAAACUGUCUAUUCAAAACCACUUAUUAAAGAAUAUUUUGAUAUUCGUGUUUGGGCUACAAUUUCUCUACGUUACAACAUAACAAAAAUUCUUAGUGAACUUCUUUCGCGGAAGGGGGAAGAAAGUGGAAUGCGUGAAGAUGAACUAGGAUUAGAGCUGUAUCAAUAUUUAUACGGUAGAAGGUUUUUGAUUGUGUUGGAUGAUAUGUGGAGUAGUGAUGCGUGGGAUAAGAUACAACGUUUCUUUCCUGACAAUCAGAAUGGUAGUCGGAUAUUUGUGACGACUAGGCUAUCGCAAUUGAGUUCUCAACUCAACAAGGAUUAUAGCCUUCAAAUGGAGUUUCUAGAUGAGUUUCAAGGCUGGAAUCUCUUCUCCAAAACUGUGUUUGGAGAGGAAAGUUGUCCACUCGAACUGGUGGAAAUUGGAAAGGAAAUUGUGGGAAAUUGCAGAGGACUUCCUUUGUCAAUUGUUGUUGUGGGAGGUCUUUUGAGAAAAAUGGAGCUGACUCGAGGAAGUUGGGGAUCAGUAAGGAAGAACUUAGCUUCGGUAGUGAAUUUGGAGAAUGAUAAACAUUGCUUGAGAUUGUUGAAAUUGAGCUAUAACCAAUUACCUGUUUAUUUAAAGCCAUGUUUUUUAUGGAUGGGAGUGUUUGAAGAAGACAAUAUAAUCCGUGUCUCAAAACUUAUCAGGUUAUGGGUUUCGGAAGGAUUUAUAAAACCAGUGAUGGGCAAGAGCUUGGAAACAGUUGCAAAAGGAUUCUUGAAGGAUUUAGUUGAUAGAAAUCUCAUUCAAAUUGAUAAGUUGGGGUCUACAGGAAAUAUAAAGUGGUGCAAAAUUCAUGAUUUGUUGAGAGACUUGUGCCUGAGAGAAAGUUCGAAAUAUGGGUUUUAUGACGUGAUAGGACAAGAAGGUAUAAACAGGCAACGCCGUGUUGUUAUACUCAGGAACACUUCUAAGAAGAUGGUCAUUGAUGCAAUGCAAUCUAUAUCAUACAAUGCUCGUUCCGUUAUCUGCGAACAAGGUGAAAUCUUGUGUUGGCAGAAUUUUAGAUUGCUGAAGAGAUUACAUGUGUUAAGUCGGAGCAGUGUGGAUGCCCUUGUGUUUAAAUGUGUUAACUUGCGGCACCUUGAUAUUCAUGCAGUUCGUAGCUUCCCCUCUCUACACUCGUCCGUUAAUCGCUUCUGGAAUCUGCAUACGUUCAUUGUUUAUUGUUGGGAUGAGUGGAAUGCGCCUGUUGCAAUUUGGAAAAUGCCUCAGUUAAGGCAUGUUAAGUUGCUCUAUGGAGAUGGUUUCUGGCUCGCGGAUCCUCCAAGCGACGAGCAAGUUCAUGUCAUGGAAAAUCUGCACACGCUCAAGGGAGUAAAGAAUUUCAAAUGUGAUGAAGAGGUGGUUAAGAGAAUCCCGAAUAUGAGGAAACUUCGAAUAAAGUAUUAUAGCAGAGAACAAAUCGAUUAUGGUCUUAGCAAUAUGAAAUGUCUGUGUAAACUGGAAUCCCUUAACAUCUACUGCGAUUAUGAAUUUCGAGGGGUUGCUUCUCUUUGUAAGCUUACCUUUCCACAAUCCCUCAAGAGUUUGAGUCUUUGGAUGGAAAGUGAGUUCGAAUGGGAGUACUUGUUGGAAAACAUCGGUUUCUUACCCCGUCUCGAGAAGCUCAAAUUGUACCAAGGAUGCUUCAGAGAAGGCAAGUGGGAAAUAGCUGAAGGCCAGUUCUUGUCCCUCAAAUACUUAGAACUGAGUUGUGGUGCUUUGGAGCAUUGGACGACGCAAGAGAGCUCCAUUUUUCCGCGCCUUGAGCAACUUCUUCUUAAUGGCUCGGAAAAGUUGGAGGAGAUCCCUUUUCAAAUUGGAAACAUACCCACACUGCAAAAAAUUAAGUUAUACUACUGCAGCAAAUCUGUGGUGCUGUCAGCAAAAAACAUAGUUGAUGAACAAGUUGAGUUCCAAGGUGAACAACUUUCCUUCCGUGUGGAGGUUUUGGUCACGAGGGCCGACGAAGAACUGCAGAGCUUGGCAGGUCCGAACUUUAAAGUUUAUAGUCAAAAAGAUCUCGAUUUGGAAUCGGGAUAUAAAUAG